AUGCUUUCAAAUGCUCUUCCAUGGGCAGCGCCAACUUCUUUGGUUGGAUUUUUGCUUGGAAUUUUGUCUCUUUUAACCUAUCACUUUCUUUUACUCAACUUGGUAGAGUUCUUCUCAAUCACAACGCUUUUUGUUCUCUCCAUCUUUUUUAUUUUGACACAUCAUGUGCUCAUCAGAUUCGUUCUUCCACAAGCAGUUGAUUACCUUUCUCCAUACACCGACCGAGGCUCACAGCUUCUUCCAGAUGGCUUUCGGUCAAAUCUCUCAAUUGCGUUUUGCCUCGGUGGCGUUUUUGCUGCAGGAUUAAUUUUCUCUUAUCGGUCUCUACUUGACCUUCCCCAUCCUCGUAUUGUUUUUCCCUUUGCUGCUUAUCUUGCUCUCCUCGCUUUCUUUCAUUGGUCGGAGUUCUUCGUCUCCUCGCUCACCAGCCCUUCACGAGCAGAUACUGACCUUUAUCUUCUCGGCCAUAGCCCUGAAUAUCUUGGAGCUAUGAUUCUCAGUUUCUUGGAAUACUGGUUGGAAAUCUACUUUUGGCCUACGAAAUACACUUCUCUAAUGUUUGUUAGUGUUAUCGGGCUUGCUAUAGCUGUAGCUGGGGAAAUUAUACGCAAAACUGCAAUGCUUACUGCCGCAGAUAAUUUCAAUCAUUAUAUUGAGUAUACACCACGUAAAGACCAUCAUCUUGUCAGAAGUGGUAUCUAUGCUUUCUGUCGUCACCCGGCCUAUUCCGGUUGGUUCUUUUGGAGUGUCGGUACCCAAAUUCUCCUCGUUAAUCCACUUUGUUCCAUUCUCUACCCCAUUACCGCUUAUGUGUUCUUUAAAAGCCGUGUCAACGCCGAAGAGCGGUCUCUGCUCGUCUUCUUCGGUGAUGAUUAUCGGGCUUAUCAACGCGAGGUCUCCACCGGCUUACCGUUUAUUCAGGGCUAUAUUGAAGAUAAUUGA